CUGCCUCAUUCUCCCUUUUGGUUCUCUGGUGGUUCCAGGAAUGCACUCCUGGAUGUAGAGUUUGCCAAGAAAGGUUUUCGGCUCCCUGCAGCCCGGAAGACUGGCACCACAAUUGCUGGCGUUGUGUUCAAGGAUGGCAUAGUCCUUGGAGCAGAUACAAGAGCAACUGAGGGGAUGGUUGUUGCUGACAAGAACUGUUCAAAAAUACACUUCAUUUCUCCCAAUAUCUAUUGUUGUGGUGCUGGGACAGCUGCAGAUACUGAUAUGACAACUCAGCUGAUCUCUUCCAAUCUUGAGCUCCAUUCCUUGUCUACUGGACGGCUUCCGAGAGUUGUCACAGCUAAUAGAAUGCUCAAACAGAUGCUUUUCAGGUACCAGGGUUACAUUGGUGCUGCUCUGGUUUUAGGGGGAGUAGAUGUCUCUGGACCCCACCUCUACAGCAUCUAUCCUCAUGGAUCAACUGACAAAUUGCCCUUUGUUACUAUGGGUUCUGGAUCGUUAGCAGCCAUGGCAGUAUUUGAAGAUAAAUACAAACCAGACAUGGAGGAAGAGGAAGCCAAACAGCUUGUGAGAGAUGCCAUCGCCGCUGGCAUCUUCAACGAUCUGGGCUCUGGCAGUAACAUAGAUCUCUGUGUUAUAAGCAAAAGCAAGUUGGAUUUUCUUCGUCCAUAUGACAUGGCCAACAAAAAAGGCGAAAGGUAUGGUAGAUACAGGUGUGAAAAAGGAACUACAGCUGUUCUCACAGAAAACGUGGCUCUCCUGGAGGUUGAAGUGGUGGACGAAACAGUACAAACAAUGGACACUUCCUGAAGUAGUAUACUGAACUCUAGUGACCCAGAAUUACAUUAGCCAUGGCUGGUUUGUUAGAAGCCUUCCUGCAUGAAAAAACUCAGUAUAUCAAAUAAAUGUCUGACCAGUU